UUCCUCUUUGCAGGCUGGGGGCGGGCCUGGGGGCCGUCUCUGUCUGGUGGAUAAAGGGCACUGGAUCUGUGAGGAAGAAGAGACCGGGAAAGGUGGAGCGGAGGAGCCUGGCGCGUCUGUCUCUCAGGGGAGGAGGACGGUGAAAGGCGGAGAGGAGGGAGAGAUCCGGGGGUCUCUGAUUCUCAGCGAGGGAAGAAGGAAGGCGAAAGGCAGAAAGAAAAGAGGGACCCUUGUGGGUUUGCUCAGCCGAGCAGAGGAAGGACGUAGCGGGCAGAGCGGAGAGGAGCAAACACCCUGAGUUUGCCCAGCGGCGCCCAGGGCCCUGGGGCGGCAGGGGGUGGAAAAGGGGAGCGCGAAAGGCGACUCAGAGGGGAGAACGCCCCAAGUCAGCUCAGGAAAUACAGCAAGCAGGUGCCGGAGGAGCGGGAGAACGGCCCGGAGGAGGGGAGGAAAUUAGGGGGCUCGGAGACACGCCCCGAGGGAGCGGCCGGCCGGGAAACGCUCCCAGGAGGAGUGCGGCACCAUGAGCUACCCAGGCUACGAUAAAGGCUCCGAGCCCUCGGCCCCUGCUCAGCCCCCCCCAUACUCCACCCCUUAUGGGGCCCCUCCCCCGCUGCUACCCUCCGGCGGGCAAUUCCCCACCCCAAGCUACGGGGCAGCCCCCGCAAUGCCCCCCAACCCGCAGGGCUAUUACCCCCCCUACAACGAGGACCCCAACCGGGGCCCAAUGGGCUAUGCCCCACAGCAGGUCAUCCUGGUCCCCCCGCCUCCUGCCAAUGAGGUUGAUUACCUGGGCUACUCCAUCUUCACCCUCCUCUGCUGCUGCCUGCCCCUGGGCAUCGUGGCGCUGGUGUAUUCCAUCCAGACCCGGGAUGCCAACCGCUCCGGGAACGCUGCCCUGGCGCAGCAGAGCUCCCGGAUGGCCCGGAUUUUCAACAACACAGCCCUGGGGGUGGGGAUUGUGGUGCUGAUCGUGUGGGUCGCCGUCGUGAUUGCCAUCAGCCUCUCAGCCAAUGGACACCACUGAUCCUUCCACCCAGCCCCAACCCCCAGCUCUGAGCCGGUUUUCAACACCUCCCUGCAUCCACACACACAGACCCGCAUGCACCACAACACAACCAUCUCUUCAGUCCACCCACACACUCACAAAACAGCCAAUCUGCGCCCCCCCAUACCCUCCCAAUACAACAUCCCCCCUCCUUGCCAGCCCCCCAGCUCACAUCGUGGGACCCAGGGAGAAUGAUUCCCCCAGGACUCACACACCCCUGGACCCCCAACUAGGCCAAGUACCACCCCCUCCCCACCACGGCGCAUGGUCCAGUGAGGGUGCAAAGGACUCUGGGAGAUACUGGGACUGGACGGGACCUCAGACGGGGUCUGAGAUGAUUCAGACACUGCAAGGGGGGGCUGAGAGGAGUGUGGUCCCAAAUGUCCUGCUGCCCCCACCCCACAACUGGCCUUACCCCCUGGAUCCCCCCUCCCCCCACCAUCACCAACCAUCUGGGGUCCAUUUUGGGCCACACCAUUGACUUCUGGGAAAGAUGGGACAGGCCAGCCCACUGGCUAAGAUUCUCUCAUGUCCAUCUUUGUUGCGUUAGAGGAUAAGAGCUCUACUACUCCUGCUGGCUGGUGGAGAGACUCCUUUAAUGCCACUUAGAGGAUACCAGCUCGACUACUGCAGCUGGCUAGUGGAGCAAC